AUGAACCAAACUAAUAGCCUUACCUAUUCUCUUAAUAAAAAUGAAAUACCUUGCAAACUUCCAUAAAAUUUAAAUGAUAUAAAAUAUCUUAUAUUAUUAGCUGAUACUUUUAUACAAUAAAUAAGCUUUUAAGAUAUCUAAAAUAUUAUUUCAAUACUUUCUGAAAAUAAAUUUGAAUAAGUUAUAUUUGAAGGAUUAGAAAAUGAUAUUUCUAUAUUUACAAUAAAAGAAAUUGAAAACUUUCUUUUGAAGUCUCAGUAUAUAUAAAGUAUUUACUUUUUUGCAAAGUCUAAUCUACAGUUUAGUUUUUAAAACUAAAUCUUUACUUCUUCGAUUGACAAUAUUAGAAUUUAGUAUGAAGGAUUCUCACUUGAAAAAGAAAAAAAGAAAAUAAAGAUUAGGGUACGCGAAUUAGAUAUGUUUGAAAACUAUCUUAGUUUUUUAAAUGUUCUUAGUAGAAAUGAUCAAAUAAAUAUUUAGGUAAUAAUAGUGAAUCACUAGAAUGCUUGUGGUAAAAAGAAAAUUGAAUUAUUUAGCAUUAUAUGGAACAUACUUCAACAACAUAAGUAAUUUAGCAUAGAAAUAAAAAAUUAUAUUUAAUAUUGUAAUUAUACAAAAUUUAUUUCUAUUCAUUACAAAUACUGGUACUCAGAUAGUUUCGAAGAAUUGAUUCUUAAUAGAUUUCUAAUUUCUAAAUUAAAAAUACAUUUUGAUUAAAUGGAUUCAUAAAAAAGUAAACUUGAGUAAAUAAUUGUUGCUAUUAAAGAAAAAUACAGUUAAUUGAAUGAAGUUUCUAUUGAAUGUUCAAACCUUCUCGAAUUCUUCAAUAUGAAUUUUAAUAUUGAGUUUUUUGUUAAAUUGAUCAGCUAUGAAAUAUAAUAUAAAAUGUCAUAUAUCAAACUAGACUUUUAAGAAAAUAAAUGCAUUCUAAAGUAAAUAAAAAGUGAUUAAAUUAUCUUACAUAUAAUAAACUACUUUUUAGAAAAUAAAAAUAGCAAUAAUGUUGCUAUAUUUUUAGAUAAUUAAAAAUUUAACUUAUCGUGCAAGUACUAAAUGUUAAAGAAACUAUUAGCUUUUAAUAAUAUAAAUGUUCAGAGCAGUAACUUUUCAAUUAUUCUAAACGAGUAAGAGUUUAAUUUAUAACCUGUAUUAAAGAACUUUAAUCAUCUUAUCAAAAUUCUAGAUAUAAUUUAAGAGUAAUAAUAAUAGCAGUUUUACAGAUUAAAAAUAUAAAGUUAAAAUUGCAUACCAGUGUCAAAAGAAAAUAUAUUGUAGUUAAAACAAUCAUAUAAUUUUUAGGAGCUCAAAAUAUCAUUAGGGGGAGCUGAACUUAGUUAAAAUAAAUUAAUAAUAAAUGAUGUAGACAAUUAUGAUGGGUUUGAGGAUAUUUUUAAUUGUUUCUCUAACUUAGAAAUUUUAAGUAUUAGUUUAAAAAAUUACUAUGCUAAUAAGUUUGUCAAAAAUCUUCCUCACACUUUAAAGUAUAUAAAAAUAAUAUAAAAUUUUAAUUCAAGCUUUAUUUUAGACAAAGAAAAUUUAAUAUCUAUAAACUUUGCAUUUAUAGAAUAAAUAAAACCUUUUAUUGGUGCAAAUAAAUUUAAAAAUAUAGAAAUAAAAUCCUCAUUUGAAUAUAUUACUAAAGAAUUUCUUCAAUUAAUUUCAUAAUAAAAUGAAUUAAGAAGCGAUUUAAGAGUUUGA